AUGAUUUCUCUAUAUCCAGUCGUCAUAUUUCUGUACGGCGCUCUGCAUUCGGGCUCCAGCCUCGGACCUCAAAUGCAGCACAGAAGACUGCUCCAGACGUCUCCACAUGAGCCACUGAAGGUCUGGUGGAACGGGGAGCCGUGUGUGCUGCUCUGGUUCCGGAGGCUGUCUCUGGGAUGUGGAGAGCAGAGGCUGGAUCUAACCGAGAGGGUCUUCUCUGCCCACAACCCAGUGGACCUCAGCCAGUCCAGCUGCAGCCCGGACCAGGCCAGAGUGGUCCUUCGAUUUGGAGACAUGAAGGACCUUACAGACUUGUCCAUCAGCCUGUUCCUGUCGCGCUCUCAGGUGGAAGCGUCUGGGGAGGGCUGGUUUUCUCUGGACUCGGUGUGUGUGCAGUUUAACUCCAGUCAGAAGCUGGUGUUUAACUCGUCUCAGAUCUACAGCCCCGAGUCGUCCUCCUUCAGCUGUGAGCACAUCAGCAGCCUGCAGAAGUACAACGCUCUCCUGAGCCCCACGGGGCGCGCUCACAACUGGGCUCUCACCUUCACACAUUUCCAGAUCCAAGCGUUCUCCGUCUCCUCUGGGGUGUUUUCUCGUCCCGUUGACUGCGAGACGUUCCUGACUCCGGCGCUCCUCAUGGGCCUCCUGUCCUCCCUGAUCCUCCUGCUGGUGUUGGCCUACGCCUUCCAUCUGCUGCUGCAUCUGAGAGACCUGGAGGAGCGUGAGCAGAGCUGUCAGCAGAGUCCCGGGAAGAGCCCCCAGCACCUCCACUGCUCGGCCCAGAAAUAUGUGCUGUAG